UACAGCACCCCCCCCCGUGCCCCCCGCACCCACCAGACCCACCCCAGAUAGGCUGAGUGCAGCCCCAGGUGCCCCCACAGCCACCCAAGAUACCCCGGGGACAGCCCGGGUGUCCCCAGACUCCCAUCCCAGACACCUCGGGUACCCCUGAACACCCCCAAUACUGCAGGUAGAGCCCCAGGUGCCCCCCGCAUCUGCCCAGACAGCCCGAGUGCCCCCAGACCCCUAUCCCAGACACCUCGGGUAUAGCCCCCGUACUCCCCAAACACCACAGGGGCCCCUGCAUCCUCACCCUAGAUACCCUGGGUACAGCCCCCCCGAGUGCCUCUGCACCCACUGAGAAACUGAGCACCCCCAAACCCUUCAGAGAUAGCCCUGCCUGUGCCUCUGCCCCGUGUCCCCGGACCCCCACACCAGACACCCCGGGUGCAGCCCCCCAUGCCCCAGGUAACCCUGCACCCAUCCAGACACCCCAGUUAUAGCAUCCUGAGCCCCAGGUGCCCCCACACCCACCGAGAAACUCUGAGCGCCCCCUUACUCCCACUUCAGAUAUAGCUCCCCCCUCUACCCCCAGGCACCACCCAGACACCCUGAGUGCCCCUGUACUUCCACCCCAGGUGCCCACCUGCACCCACUCUGAAUACCCUGCGUGUCUCCAUACCCCCACCCCGGACACCCCUGGGUGCCCUCGUACCCCCACCCCAGGUACAGCUACCUUGUGCCCCCUACACCCACUCAAACACCCCAGGUGCCCUCAUACUUCUCACCCGACACCCUGGGUGCCUCUUCUCCCGCCCCCACAUCACCAUUGGCAGGGGGGGUGCAGCAGCUUUGGGACUUUGCACCCAGCACUGGACACAGGUCUGUCCCUCCCCUGCCACACCACGGUGCAGCCCUCAGGGGGCCCUGAGCCCCCCACAAGGGACACUGACACCAGUGGGGGUGCAGCAGGUGAAGGGCUGGUGCCCCCACCCCUCUGAUCCAGCCGUGGCCGCGCUCAGCACCGCUUUCGGCAGAGCACUGGGCUGCACGUUCUUGGUUUCCCGUAGCCUUGCGCUUCCCUGGAGCCAUGCUUAGGCUCCGCUUACUGACUUGGGAUGUGAAGGACACGCUGCUGCGGCUGCGGCAGCCACUGGGGGAGAGCUAUGCAGCCGAGGCCCGGGCACACGGGGUGCAGGUGCAGCCGGAGGCGCUCAGUUGGGCAUUCCAGGAGGUGUACAGUGCCCAGAGCCGGCGCUUCCCCAACUAUGGCCAGGGCCAGGGGCUGAGCUCCCAGCAGUGGUGGGUCGACGUGGUGAAGCAGACCUUCAGGCUCUCGGGCGUACAUGAAGACAGAGUCCUAACGCUGGUGGCCGAAAACCUCUACCAUGACUAUUGCAGCGCCCACAACUGGGAGGUGCUGCCAGGAGCCAGUGAGACCCUGAGCCAGUGCUGCCAGCGCGGCUUCCGCAUGGGGGUGGUCUCCAACUUCGAUAACCGUCUGGAAAAUAUCCUCUCCCAGUGCAACCUGCGGCAUCACUUUGAAUUCAUCCUCACCUCCGAGGCCGCGGGUUUUGCCAAGCCGGACAAGAGGAUCUUUGAGAAGGCCCUGCGCCUCGGUGGGGUACCCCCGGAGCAGGUGGCCCACAUCGGGGACGACUACACCCGGGAUUACAGGGCAGCCCGCACUGUGGGCAUGCACGGAUUCCUGCUCCAGGCUGCUGGGCAGGGCAAGAAGCUGGAGGUGCCUCCUGAGCAUGUUCUGCCCACACUCAACCACCUCCUGGCUCUUAUCGAGAAGGGGUAGCUGCAUUUUGGAGUGCUGCUGCUGAGCCAUGAACCAGUCCUGGUGUGGGAUUUCUCGCUGCUAGCUGGGUAGAGAAAAGAAGCAAGCACUUCCAAGCACAGGGAGAGCACUGCCUGUGGAGCACGGGGGGCAUUAAUGCAAUAAA